UUUGGCGCAUGCGCACUCCGUUACACACAGGAAGAACCGUCGCGUCCCCCCGAGGACAUUAAAUCUACUUAAAAAGAAUCUCUUCUGUAUGAAAAGAGACGUAUUCGGCUUGAGACGCCAACAUGCACGGAGCGGCCAACUCAUUAGCUCUUAGGAGCUCAUCUCCAGGAGUAAAGCUGUAUAAGCGAAACGAAGGAAGCGGUGCGUCGUACGGGGAGCUGCCAGUGGACGUCGUCAUGAGUUACAAGCCCAUUGCUCCUGCGCCGUCUGGCUCCAACCACACACCGCCUGGCUCCUCCGUGCCCUCUCCUUCCCUCCCGUCGUCGUCGAACUUCAGGCCAGCUUUCAGCGACUUUGGCCCACCUUCCAUGGGCUUUGUUCAGCCCGUCAAGGUCAGUCAAGGGUCGACUUACAGCGAACUUCUGUCAGUCAUAGAGGAAAUGAGUCGCGAGAUCCGACCCACAUAUGCUGGAAGCAAAAGUGCUAUGGAGAGACUAAAAAGAGGUAUCAUUCAUGCGCGUGCACUGGUCAGGGAGUGUCUGGCAGAGACAGAAAGGAGCGCCCGUACAUAACCUUUACCCCCCCCUGGCCCCUCUCCCUUUCCCAUCAUCUGGUUUUCCUUUUUUUUUAAAAAUCCUUUCUGGUUGCUUUUUACAGUUGCAUUGUCCUUGUCAUGCCACCAGGCCCUUCUCUUUAAUAUUUCCCAAAAUUUUCAGGCGUGAUGUGGAGAUUUUGAGUCGAGCUGUGAAUAAGAAGCAUAGUAAACCAUUUCCUAGUGGUCAACACAGCCAGAAAUACCAAAUGAUGUUUCCUUUAAGUUAAAACCAAAACUUGUCCUCAAGUUGGGAAAUGUUUUCCUUUUUCUCUUUUGAGUAUCCUGAAUAGAGCCCAUUUGCUUUCCUGCUCACCUGCAUCGGUCCUAUUUUCUAGUCAAUGUUCAACAAGAACUAUGUACUGUACAUCUCAAGUCAAUUUGUUAUUGUGGGAAUUUUGUAAACCAAACUUUUGCAGUUCAGUAUGUAUAUCUUAAUUAAAUGAUAAAAAAA